UCUAGUAAACUUCGCCGUCGAUCCCAUGGCGUCCCACCACCACCACGGCUUCUUACGGCGGCAGAACCACCACGAUACCAUCCCCCUACUUCCCACGUCAUCACGCUGCUGCACCUACGCCGAUUCUACUCCCUGCUGCACCCAAUCCAACCACCAUUCGCCGCCGCCGCCGCCGGAUAAUCUUCUACAUCUCGUCGCUUCUUACCUCCCAAAUCAGCAACAAGAAAGGCAAUCUUAUGACCAGACCUGCUCCUGCGAAAUCCAGUGUGUGAGAUUUAACGGUAUUAGACGGGAGCACAAGCAGAAGAACGUUCCGCGAGAAUCCGACCACAUUGUUCUCUCUUGUCUUCUUCGCAAAAUCGAUGAUCUCGAGUCGUCGCUGAACAAGUUUUCAGCUUGUUAUGACCAACGUCGCGGUCGAUACUCCACACUGAGAGAUUCCGCGGCGCGUGUCAUUCAAACCCAUUUCCGCUCUUACCUGGUUCGGAGAUCCAUAUCCUUUAGGCAUCUCAAGGAGCUUGCAACGAUAAAAUCUAGCUUCGUCUCUCUCAAAUCUUCGGUUUCUGGGAAACCCCAUUUCCCUUUCAAGCUUGUUUCUCGGAAAGCUACAGACUUGCUUCUGCAACUGGAUUCGAUUCAGGGUAGGAGGAUUGAUCCAAUGAUACGAAAUAGUAAGAGAUCAUUGAGUAGAGAUUUGGUGAGGUUUUUGCAGUACAUAGAUGAUUGUGCUGUUCAAAGUUACGAUUUUGUUGGUAAAUCUGUAGUAAAUGCGAGCUUUAUGCGUAGCUACAACAAACUUAAGGGCUCUGAUGGCAAAAAGCCUCAGGGUUUUGGUGUAGCAGAAGACAGAACAAUCGAGAAGUUGAGGAACCGAAUGGGGAAAGUCUUUGUUUCUUCUGGUGAGGAUGAAGAUAGCAAUGCAGAGCUAGAAGAGUCGGACUCCAUGACUGAUGAUGGUGAAGAAGUCCCAAUGAAUGCUAUUGAUAAGAAGAAGAUUGGUAGCUCUAAGUUUAGAACUGGAGCCUUUGUGAAAGGCAAUGUAGUGAAGCCUCCGGUUAGGAAAAACAUGGUACUUGACAAGAACAGGAAUGUGUAUCAGGUAUAUGGAAAUACACAUGAUCUAACUUCGAGUGCUGAGGAUGAUUCAGUUGAUAGUGGCGAAGAAAGUCUCGUGAUGUCCAGGGAUAAUGAAAGGAAGCAUGGUUCGAAAACUAGGAACAUGGUUUUGGUGAAAGGAGGUGGAGGAAAAACCCGGGUGGUGAAAACUGUGAGCUUUGAUGAGAAUGGGAACGUAUAUAAGGUUUAUGGAGAUACGCCAGAGUCGAGCAUAAGCGAGGGAAAUGACUCGAUAAGCAUAUCAAGCGAUGGAAAUGGAGACAAGAAAGGGAAUGGGAAUGAGUUUGAGGAAAUCAAACAUGUGCCCAAGGAAAACGAGAGCUUUGAAGGAGAAGAAGAAACUCACUCUGAAAAUGAAGUCUCUUCUUCAGAGGGCGGGGAAGGGGACGCAAUAGUUACAAGAAAUGCCAAUCACCCGGGAAGUAAUGAACAGGGGAGGGAGAUCCAGAGUCAAAAAGGAAGCUUAAUGUUCUCUCCUCCAUUGCCACUAAAGAUGGAACCUUGACCAGUUUGGUUAUGACUAGUUUAAUUCUCGAAAAAAACUGCAUUUUGGUAUGUUCCGUGACCCCAAUAAGAUAACUUUUUUUUGUUGUGUAACAUAACCAGAUGGUUUAGGUUAGGUUCAACUUCCUCUGGGAAGAUCUGUUAGAGUGUUUUCUUGGCUUGCUAAAUCUGUUUCCGGCUUUUUGUAUUCUUUGCUCCAAUUCCGAAUACUCUUGUUUUUGUUACUCAAUAAGAAAUCUUGUUUCUUG